CUGGCUGCUUCGGAGCCGCCUUCGCACUAAGGCCACGCGCUGGUUCGGCGCAAAGCCUGAUCAUAAGCCACAAGGGUAGAUAUUUUAAGGAGGAGAGUGACACUCAGACUGGCUCAAAGGGUCCUUCAGCGAAACUUAAGUCAGCGUUCUUUCAGCAUCAGUAAAAUGGAUUUAGAAGACAACUAUGUUGAUGCUUUGGAUCCAGAGAAGUUAAUACAAUGUCCAUACGAUCGCUAUCAUCAAAUCCGAGCCUGUCGGUUUCCCUAUCAUCUUAUAAAGUGCAGGAAGAACCACCCUGAUAUUGCAGAGCAGCUAGCCACAUGCCCCUUUAAUGCCCGCCAUCAGGUUCCCAGAGCUGAGAUCAGACAUCACAUAUCAAGCUGUGAUGACAAAAGCUGCAUUGAGCAAGACAUUGUGAGUCAGUCGAAUAACUGCCACAGAGAGAAGAUGAACACUGUCAGCAUGUGGCAGCCAUCUCCAUGUGACGAAGACUGGGAUAAAGAGCUACAGGAGCAAUCAAAUUCUGUGUUCGUUUGGGGCACGUUCAAUAGUGGCAUUAACAGCCCUGGGUCCAGCGUAGUGAUGGAACCAAAGAAUAACCUAAUGCCAGGCAUGAGAGCACCCAGGUCCUUGCCAUAUAGCCUGUCCUGGAAAAGCAGAGCUGGUAACUGAAGACCAGAGAAGAGGCUGCUAUUGAGUGCCCUUGAUACCAGAGACUCUCCAAAAACAACUCCAUACAUUCUGGUGCCAAGGAGCUAGCAGAGUUCAAAUGGUCUGGAUCAGCAUGCUCUAUAAGUUACCUCCUGUAGGGUGUUUGCAUAAAUCAUUGCUGGACUCCUGCAUGUCUUUGGAUUAAAAUGUGUUGUGGCUGUUUA